AAAGGACAACAGCGCAAAACCCCACCACGGACCCUCGCCGUCGCUGUCUCCCAUCUGGCCGGCGCUAGCUAGGGCACCGGUCGCCCUCCCCCUCCCCCUCCCCCUCCGACGAUGUCGACGCCCUCUGAUCCAGCGGCGUCCGCCCAGCCCCCCUCCACCGCGGCCACCUCCAGCAGCGGCCUCACCUUCAAGCUCCACCCCCUCGUCAUCGUGAACGUCUCCGACCACUACACCCGCGUCAAGGCCCAGGCCUCCUUCCCCGCCGAGACCCCGUCGCCGGGAAAGGCCCAGGCCUCCUGCUCCGCCGAAGGCUCCUCGGCGCCCGCGGAGCCGCCGAGGGUCUUCGGGUGCGUGAUCGGGGUGCAGCGCGGGCGGACGGUCGAGAUCUUCAACAGCUUCGAGCUCGUCCUCGACCCCGUCACCGGCACGCUCGAGCGCGCCUUCCUGGAGAAGAAGCUUGAGCUCUAUAAGAAGGUGUUCCCUGAAUUCUAUGUGCUGGGCUGGUACUCAACUGGAAGCGAUGUGCAGGAUACUGACAUCCUAAUGCACAAGGCUCUGAUGGACAUUAAUGAAAGCCCUGUCUAUCUUCUCUUGAAUCCUGCAAUCAACCACUCCCAGAAGGAUCUCCCUGUAACAAUUUAUGAGAGUGAGUUGCAUGUUAUCGAUGGGGGUCCACAGCUCAUCUUUGUCAAAUCAAAUUACACAAUUGAGACUGUAGAAGCAGAGAGGAUAUCUGUAGAUCAUGUUGCCCAUCUAAAACCAUCUGACGGUGGCUCUGCAGCAACUCAAUUGGCUGCUCAUCUUACAGGAAUACACAGUGCCAUCAAGAUGCUCAAUAGCAGGGUUCGUGUUAUCCAGCAAUACCUUGGUGCCAUGCAAAAGGGUGAUAUUCCACUGGAUAAUUCACUUCUUAGGCAAGUCUCAAGCCUCGUAAGAAGACUGCCAGCUAUGGAAUCGGAGAAAUUCCAAGAUGAUUUCUUAACGGAAUACAACGACACCCUCCUCAUGACUUACCUUGCAAUGUUCACGAACUGUUCAAGCACAAUGAACGAGUUGGUCGAGAAGUUUAACACCACGUAUGAGAGAUCCCCUGCCAGGAGAGGAGGCCGAGGUGCUUUCAUGUAGAUCGGUUCCAACCGUCCUGCUGCAGCUGAGGUUUUGGUGCUGGUUAUCCGUGCUGAGAUUUUGAAAAUAGUUCCCAUAUCUAGACGCAAUUUUUUGCGUGCAAUCAGUUAGGUCCGGCAGUAUCUGAGACUUUUCAAUCUUCUUAUCCUCUCUGGGUUGGAUUAAUGACUCGACGUGCCUGGGUUGAUUGAUUAUCCCUCUUGUCCCGAAGUUGACAUGUAAAGUUCGACUUAAUAGAUGUUGCUCAAGUUAACUCGUAUCUGGGUCUUAUCCUGGCUUCUUCAAAUUGGUUAUGCUCAGCAAAAUCUUGAAAUCC